AUGGAAGAAGGAAGCAAUAUUACAGCAUUAGUGUCCAACAUUGGAGAACAGGAAGCUGUCGUGAUUUCUGAGGCCGUCCUCAGCCCGCCCUUGGAAAGUGGUGAAGACCAAAGGAAAUGUAACCCUGAUCCGUUAAUCCAGGUCAUCCAAAAGUUAAGCAAAAUAGUUGAGAACGAGAAGUCCCAGAAAUGCCCUCUUAUAGGGAAGAAACGUUUGCAUCCAGAAACCGCUGUGCUUCCAGUCGACUCGCAAGACCUCCCAGAGAUACCGGCUAAAUCAGUUGAGUUGCCAGCCCUGGGGACAAUAAAUAUUGAAGACUAUUACAUGACUGACUGUCCUCCACAGAGUAAAAGGAAGGUGGUUUGCUACCAGUGUAGCCUUUGCAAGUCUCUGUCUCCCUCUCUACAUCUUUUAAAAGAACACCUAAAACAACACGGUCAGCAGAAUGAGGUAGUACUCAUGUGUUCCAUAUGUAGUUUUGCCACUGUAAGCCUAGAAGAAUUUGAAACGCACGUUAGAUGUCACCCAGACAAUGACGACAAAAACCACGCUCCGUCAAAGGAACAGCAGUGUACGAGUCUCUCUGGUACCACUCUGCACGGACCACUGGAAAGUUUUGUCAAAGCAGGCCCUGAUCUGGCAGCACAACAUCAGUCUACUCCUCUGACGGAGAAGGGGAGGCGAAAAUGGUACACUUACGAGCAAUAUGGCAUGUACCGAUGCUUAAUUUGUAGCUACACUUGUGGUCAGCAAAGAAUGUUGAAAACACAUGCCUGGAAGCAUGCUGGUGAAGUCGAUUGCUCGUAUCCCAUAUUUGAGGACGAAAACGAGCAAGCCACGUUACAAGAUUCCACUGUAUUGGGUGUUCCUCAUAAUGUCGAUACCGUCGUCCUCGCACUAGAAAACAGCGAGCUUGAUCUCUGCACCGACCAGGCCGUUCAGCUCCAUCUUUGUGGCCCAGAGCAAACGACCUACAAAUCAUCACCCAUUGAAGAAACAGUAAAACAGGAAGCAGUCCUGAGUCAGUCAGCUCUGAUUUCUCCCCAGGGAAAACUGUUAGAGGAAGCGAUGUUGGACACUGAUCUGGAGCAAGAUAAUUUGAUGACUGAUAGCUUGCUGUCAUCGGCCCAGAAAAUUAUUAACUGCAGCCCAAAUAAGAAAGGCCAUGUUAACGUCAUAGUGGAACGUUUGCCGAGCGCCGAAGAGCCAGUCUUGCAGAAACCUUACUUGACAGGCGCUGACGUGGAGGCCGAGAAGAUUAUCGCCGAGCAGAGCCGAGUUGUGCGUGGUGGGCCUGGGGACGUUUUCCACAUGGACAAAAAUUCCGUUGACCUUGAAGAAGUGAUAAUAGGAUGGAACAGCACGGAGAAGAAAGAUGGCGACCUUAGCCCCGGAAAAGCCAGGGCGGUUGACGAAAAUGCCCCUCCUACGCGAAGAAGAACCAAUUCCGAGUCCUUGAGACUGCACUCCUUAGCCGCGGAAGCUCUAGUUACGAUGCCCAUCAGAGCCGCGGAGCUCACCCGGUCAAGCCUCAGGGCCUUUGCCGAAGCCAACUCUUUAAGCUCAGACACGGGCCAACGACAGGCUGACAGUGGCUACCCGUCCCAUUCCAAACUGGUCACUUCCCUCAAAGCGGAGGAGUUGCCGAGCCUGAGCCAAACCGACUGUGCUUUCAUGGAGAUACAGAAGGAUAAGCAGGAGUUAGCGGAAGGCCCCAUUAAAAUGGGCAUUAGCAUGUCGCUGCUCACCGUGAUCGAGAAACUGAAAGAGAGGACAGACCAGAACGCCUCCGACGACGACAUUCUGAAGGAGCUUCAAGACAACGUGCAGUGCCAGCCUGCGACUGAUGCCAACGUGCUGGGGAGCAACUUGGUAGAAUACAUCCCCAACGUGGAUCGCCCCUUCCGGUGUCGCUUGUGCCACUACAGCAGCGGCAACAAGGGUUACAUCAAGCAACACCUGCGUGUCCACCGCCAGAGGCAGCCCUACCAGUGUCCGAUUUGCGAGCAUAUCGCGGACGACAGCAAGGACUUGGAAAGCCACAUGAUCAACCACUGCAAGACCCGGAUGUACCAAUGUAAACAGUGCGAGGAGUCCUUUCAUUACAAGAGUCAGCUGCGAAGCCACGAGAGGGAGCAGCACAGCCUUCCGGAUAUAUAUUCGACAUCAUCAUCACCUAACAAACUAAUAACUUGCAGCGAAAUGGAUGAAAGUGGUUGCUGUGCAGAGGAAGGGGAUAGGAUUUCAGUCCAGAAACUUUACAGAUGCGACACUUGUGACUACACAAGCACGACGUAUGUUGGGGUGCGGAACCAUAGACGGAUUCACAACUCUGACAAACCAUACCGAUGUUCCCUUUGUGGAUAUGUGUGUAGCCACCCUCCUUCGCUAAAGUCUCAUAUGUGGAAACAUGCAAGUGACCAAAAUUAUAACUAUGAACAAGUGAACAAAGCUAUUAACGAUGCAAUGUCUCAAAGUGGCCGGUGCGUACAUUUGUCUCCAAGUCAGCUUCUUGGGAAGACAAUAGCUGAAGGCCCUGAAGAUAGUUCAGUUCCUUUGACAAGCCAUUCCGAGGUCUCGUUGCUGUCAGACUCCUCCAGCCAGACCACAAACAAAACCACGAGUUCCAACGACAAUCAGAACCUCAGUUCCUCCUCAAAUACCUCAUGCGAUUCAGAAAAAAACGUGAGUCUGGCCCAUCUUGGCACGGAAUAUUGCGUUCUGCUCUUCUGUUGUUGCAUUUGCGGAUUUGAGUCCACCAACAAAGAGACCUUACUUGACCACAUGAAGGAACACGAAGGUGAAAUUAUAAACAUAAUCCUGAACAAGGACCACGGUGCAGCACAGAGCGUAAGCUAAGCGAA